UUGAUGUGCGGUGGGGAAGAAUUUAGUGCUGGGCGUAAACUUGGCCUCUCUGGAGGGGAGAAGGCGACAUGAAGAAUCUACAGUUGAGAGCAGACGUCAAGACCCAUGAUGAUCCCUAGCAUGUGCCUACCUCUCUACUGCUAAAGGAGAGCAGUUUCACUCGGAUGGAUCAGGAAAACACAAGGGGAAGAAGUGGAGACCUCCAGUGACAGGAGAAAAUCCAUCAACGGUCUACCCAGGGUUCAGAAAACCGGCCAAGUGAAAAAAGUUGGCAAGGUGGAAAAGGAAUUCCAUCAGCUCACAAGAUCAAGGUUUUUGAAUCCUUAUUCCUGAUGACCUGACCUUGUAUAAGUUCUAACCAGUGACUUUACUAAAAUAUUUUUUAGGGGAAAAAAGUGUUUUUCUUAUCUAAGCUUGAGUUUGCUAGCAAUUUCUUCCCAAAACGAAAAUUACAAUUGUUUUGUUUUGAUUCAACUUUUGGAAGGAGAAAUUAGUCGCCGUUCAAGGAGAGGGGAAGAAGGAAAAAUGCAAAGACCAAUUUUUGUCCUACCUACUUUCGGGUGAAGAGGAAAGAGAGUUUCUUUUGCUUCCUUUUCGUAGCUCGAGAACACCAUCUCAAGGGCCGUUCCUUUGCGUAAACAGCUACUAGUGGCCUAAACAAAGACUUCGGAUUCCCUUUUUUAACCCCACCCUCCCACACCCUACUUAUCUAAUCAUCUUGGGCUCUUGCAUAAAGGAAUCCAUCAGUCGGAAUGAUGCCCCUUCGGAACAGAAGCCUGAAAAUGUUUACUCUUGCCUUACUUUUUAUCAUCACCAUCACAUCAUUCCUGCUCAACUACACGAACAGCAUAGUCUCUACUUCCUGGGAUCCCAAGCAAAUCGCGUACCAGUUUUCAGAGCAGGUUAAAAAACUGCUGAAAUACUCCAGGCGGCCGUGUAGUUGUAACACCUGCAUUUUGGAACAAACCUCAGCCUGGUUUGACGAAAGGUUCAACAUAACUAUGCAACCCUUCUUAACCACCCAGAAUGCCUUCAUACCCCAGGAGAGCUACAGAUGGUGGCUGAAACUCCAGGGAGAAAGAAGUCCCAAGGGCAUUAAUGAGACCCUCCAGGAAUUCUUCAGCUUCAUUCCAGGAGAUUGGGAGCACCUUUCGGAGAGGAGCAGUUCGCGGUGCCGGAGGUGUGCCGUUGUAGGGAAUUCAGGGAAUCUUCGGCGGUCGCAGUACGGCCAAGAGAUCGACACUCAUGACUUCGUGUUUAGAAUGAACAAAGCCCCAACAGUGGGCUUUGAGCCAGAUGUUGGCAGCAAAACCACUCAUCACUUUGUCUACCCAGAGAGCUAUCGAGAACUUGGGGAGGAAGUCAGCAUGAUUCUCAUCCCAUUCAAAAUCUUAGACUUGCGUUGGGUCAUCAGUGCCCUCACAAAUGGCACCAUCAAUCACACGUAUAUUCCUGUUCCUCGUAAGAUCAAAGCCAACAAAGACAAGAUCAUGGUUUAUCAUCCCACUUUUAUGAAAUAUGUUUAUGACAACUGGCUGCAACGUCAUGGGAGGUACCCCUCAACAGGUUUCCUGUCAAUUAUAUUUGCCCUUCACCUCUGUGAUGAGGUGGAUCUGUAUGGCUUUGGGGCAGACAGUAAAGGCAACUGGCACCACUAUUGGGAGAAUAAUCCUUCUGCAGGAGCUUUUCGGCAGACCGGUGUCCACGAUGGAGACUUUGAGUCAAAUGUGACGCACACCCUUGCCUCUGUGGCCAAAGUACGGUUGUUCAAGGGCAGAUGACCCUGGUUGUUGAACAAGCUGUGAUCUCUGGCAAGAAGGAUGGCAGAUUUUUAAAAUAAAUGGAGUCUUGGAGUGGGUGGUCUGUCGUUCCUCAGCUGAGAAUGCUUCGGAGAACUGCAAGCUGCAGUUAGGCAGUUUUGAAAGGCCCCUUGAGUAUGGCUCCAAAGUUUGACAGCAUAGGAAGCACCCUGUUUGGAAAAGGAAUUUCUGCUCAAGACUCUCCUAUUGAAACCAAUGCUUUAGCUCCUUUUCCCUCUUAAGAAUGACCGAAUCUUCAGCUCUACAAAAAGGGGAAGGAAAGGGCAGGGAUUUCCAAACACCAUCUAGUUCCAAAUUACCUCAAAAGACCUUAUUCCAGUUGUGGUCUUUUCUCUGAAGGAUCUUUGCAAGGCCAACCCACACCAGUUCUUGUUCAGUAGGAUGAACGAGAUCUUUGUCUCUUGUGAGCAAAAUGAUUGCCGUGCCGUGCAGGUUCGUGUUUUGAACAUCUAAGCGAAAUGUCCUGUUUCCAGGUAAUAUUACUAUUACUGUUCAGUGUGGCUAUAAGCCAGGAGGGAAGCAGGAGGAUUAAAUAGUUAUAUAUAAAAGAAGAAAAUGCAGGCAAAUUAAUACUUCUAUUUACUUUUUAACAAAUGCUCUGCUACAGCUUGGUUCUCAAUUCUCUUGCAAAGCAGAGAAAUGAAUUAAAGUUGUGCACACACACACAAGCUACGAGAUCUGGGCUCUGCCAAUUUAGACAACCCCUAGAUGGCAUCAAAGGUUAGUUUUACAUUUCUGCUGCCAUCUAGAGAUCAUGGGGAGCUGGGCAGCCCAGAUCUGUUGGCUUAACACAUAUGCAUACACAUGCAAACCUGUCAUUGACAUGUGCCUUUCUAAAACACCCAUAGUAUAAAGGGAGCAUACUUGUCUUUUCCAUUCCCUCAGAGACUGCAAUCUCAGAAUUCCACUUGUUCUAUGAAAAUAAGUGACAUAAUGUUUAAAAACUCAUCCUGUUUUAUAUUGGCUUGUCUUUUUCUGGGUGAAGGAGAGGA